UGUUACGCAAUGACGUAAAAAGCCGGUGCCUCUAAAGCAGAGUGACCUUCGUCGUUCGCCACUAAAGGCUGCUCAGCGGAAGGAGUUGCAUCUGUUCUCUGUCCUAGAGGUUUUCCAGCGACACGUUUUAGCCGAAAGAGCUCGCCAUGGGUGACGUCGACAAGGGAAAGAAGGUUUUUGUGCAGAAGUGUGCUCAAUGCCACACCGUGGAGCAGGGGGGCAAACACAAGGUGGGCCCCAACCUGUGGGGUCUGUUCGGGCGCAAGACCGGACAGGCUGACGGCUACUCCUACACAGAUGCUAACAAGAGCAAAGGUAUCAUCUGGGGCGAGGACACCCUCAUGGAGUACCUGGAGAACCCCAAGAAGUACAUUCCUGGAACCAAAAUGAUCUUUGCUGGCAUCAAGAAGAAGGGAGAGCGCCAGGACCUCAUUGCGUACCUCAAGUCAUCCACAUCGUGAAAACCUCAACGAAGGCAAAAGAAAAGCCAGAAUAUUUAAUGUACUCAUUUAGGUUAUUUUUCAGCUCCAUACGUGUGUUUGGUAUCAGGUUUUAUGUUUAGUCAUUUGUACAGAAGGUGUAUUUAUUUUGUUACUUGCACGGCGGGGAGUGAGACGGAAAAGAACGGUUCUGGGAGUUGUACAAGUGGCCAAACGUAACACUUCAGCACUUAUUAUUUGUGGAUCUGUCCUAAUUAAUGCUAAUCUCAUUUAAAUAUUACUCGCCAUGAUAGGUGGCCUGACCUGUCAUUCAUUCUGUUCUCCAUGGCAACGGUUCAUUUAUAAUGUAAAUC